AGAUUUUGUUUUUCUUUGCUCAGAGUGCAGUUCGCGGUUGUUCGUUUGCCCGAUCUCUUAUAGGUAGUAUGAAAGCGUCUGGUGGUUUUGUGUAACGUGAGGUCGCGACAGCAUUUCCUUUGCCUACAUGGGAUUCUCAGAGGAGUACAUCACAGAAUUUAUGAGGAAGAUCCUAUGAUAGGCUUUGCAGCUGCACAACCUCAUUCAGAAGAGAAUGGCUUCAGGAGAUGAAGUUUCAGAAAAGCACUGCUGGGUGUGUUUUGCUACUGAACGGGAUGACAGGUCAGCAGAAUGGGUAAGCCCUUGCAGAUGCAAAGGUAGCACAAAAUGGAUUCAUCAGUCCUGUCUACAGCGCUGGCUGGAUGAAAAGCAGAAGGGCAAUGGCUCCUGCAGUGUGACAUGCCCACAAUGUGGCACUGAAUACAUUAUAAUGUUCCCUAAACUUGGCCCUUUGGUAUAUUUUCUCCAACAGCUGGAUCGUGCACUGUCCCGGUUAAGUCCAUUUGCUGCAGCUGGUGUGGUGGUUGGAACGGUGUACUGGUCAGCAGUCACUUAUGGAGCGGUAACGGUAAUGCAGGUGGUCGGCCACAAAAAGGGUUUGGAUGUAAUGGAACGAGCUGACCCUCUUUUCCUCCUCAUGGGUCUCCCAACGAUUCCGGUCAUGCUGGUUCUUGGCAAAAUGAUCCGCUGGGAGGACUACAUCAUACGUCUCUGGCAGAAACACUCUUCCAAACUUCAGUUGCUAAACAGCAUUAUGCCAGGUAUUGGAAGACCUGUCCCUCGUCUGCCAGCUGAAGGCACCUAUGUUAGUGACCACUUGUCCAUGUCACGCACUCUGUGUGGUGCCUUGGUCUUUCCCACUAUUGCCAACCUGGCAGGUCGCCUCAUGUUUCGUAGAGUACACUCCAAUUUGCAGCGUACUGUACUGGGUGGAAUCGCUUUUAUUGCUAUUAAAGGUGUCCUCAAAGUGUAUUUCAAACAGCAGCAGUUUUUAAUUCAAGCCAAUCGGCAUAUCUUGAACUAUCCAGAGGAAGAGGACGUGGAUAACAGAGAGGAUGAUUCUUCUGGGGAGAAUGGAGACAGUGGCAAUGAGUAGCACCUUCUCAAAACUAGUGGACCUGUUUGUGGAAAUGGACAUAAUACUGAGCCCUGGUUUCUGAGGGGAAAAGGAAUGUUGAUAAAUUGCCUCAGUAAUAUUUAUUUGAAAAUUUUCCAUCUUUUGUCUUUACUUGACAGCACUUGUACAAAAUGUAUAAUCAUUGUCACUAUUUUUUGCCUUUGGAAAAAAACAGUAAACAGUCAUAUUGUAUUACUGGCAUGUUUACAUAUCCUUUCUAGUCACAUUUUUCAAAUGUUUGUAAAAAUACAUAUUUUAAGAAUUAAGUGGAAAAUAUGAAAAAUACAUCAAUAGAUAGAAGAAUAUAGGUGACACAUUUUUUCCUUUAAUUUUGACAUUUAAUAAAUUGAUUAUGUGUUGGGAUAUACUGAAAUUUAACAAGUUUAGCAAACAAAUUGAUAUUGUUUAUAUAGUUUUUGUUAGAUAUAAGACCUAUCUGGUUUCUUCCAUAGUAUACUUUUUUUUUCUUUUUUUUUUGUCCAGUUUCCAUAUAUUCCAUGGAUUUGAGGUAGCAAUACUCAUUUAUGCAUGCAUCAGAGAAAGUCACCCAGAUCAAAAUUGUCAAUUUUAACACACUAUCGAGACUUUAGUGGUUACAAUAAUAUAUGAGAAAAAAAUUAAUACUGUCCCUUAACAUGUGGCAGUGUGUGCAGUUCAUAAAGCUUUUUUUGUUACUGUUUAAUCUUUUGUCAUAUACCCAGAAAGUGAAAUAAUUUAGUAAUGUUUAUCUGUGUUAGAUACCAUUCUUAUUUUUAUGGGUGGUGACAGAAAAAGUCAACCCCCAUGUCACCAUGGAAGCUAUAAUCAACAAAAAAUAGUGGAGUAUUAUAUUGCAGUGCAUCUAAAUUAAAUAUACUGUAAGUAUAACUGUAAGUAUGUUUAUUACCAUUUGGGGAAGUAAAUGCCUUGUUCAAAUCUA